CGGAGUUUCAUACCGAACCAGACGCUCCUUUUGUCGGAUUCGUUUCGACCUGACUCCCCGGGGUUUACGGCUAAAAAACAGAUACUUAAAUACAAUAAAAGCAUUUAACACGAACACGUCGCUAGUUAAUAAGCACAUCCGUGACGGAUUAUUGAAAAAGCCACUUGGCCAGUGAAGUGUCAAGGUGGAUCUUAGUGAAUUCUGUCAUCAUGAAUGGCAGCACCAGUGUGUCUGGCACCCAGACAGGACGACUCAAAAGUGAGUCAGUUGCAGAUACAUGGAGCAAAGAGGACUGUCUGACACUGUUGGAGAGGAUACGCAGUCUGCUACCUGAUGGAGACACGAUGAAGUAUAAAACCACAGAGUCUCAUUUUGACUGGGAGAAGGUGGGGUUUGGGGGUUUCACUGGAGACAUGUGUAAGCAGAAAUGGCAGAAAGUUUCCACCGAGGUGCGUAAAUACAGAACGAUGACAGAGCUCAUUGUUGAUGCCAUUGAAUUUGUGAAGAACCCUUACAAGGGGAAAAAGCUGAAGACACAUCCAGACUUCCCAAAGAAACCCCUCACUCCCUAUUUUCGCUUCUUUAUGGAGAAGCGAGCCAAAUAUGCAAAAAUCCAUCCCGAGAUGAGCAACUUGGAUCUCACCAAGAUUUUGUCUAAAAAAUACAAAGAGCUUCCUGAAAAGAAAAAGCUGAAGUACAUUCAAGAGUUCCAGAGAGAGAAAGAGGCUUUUGAGAAGAACAUGGCAAGAUUCAAAGAGGACCACCCAGAUUUAAUAGAAGAGAGAAAGAAGUCAGACCUCCCAGAGAAGCCCAAGACCCCUCAGCAGCUAUGGUACAACCAUGAGAAGAAGGCCUACAUGAAAAUUCACCCGGAGGUAAGCCAGAAGGAGCUGAAGGAAGCAUUACGUAAACAGUGGUCCCAAUUAUCAGACAAAAAGAGGCUGAAAUGGAUCAGCAAAGCUCUAGAGUUGCAGAAACACUAUGCGGACAGCAUGAGAGUGUAUCUUGAAGCUCAUCCGGAUUCAAACUCUGAGGAACAUGUCAAAUCUGUCCUGACCAAGGCUGAACGGCAGCUCAAGGACAAGUUUGAUGGCCGGCCAACCAAACCACCACCAAAUGGCUAUUCUCUGUACUGUGCUGAACUAAUGGUAAACAUGAAGGACGUGCCAAGUACAGAGCGAAUGGUGCUGUGCAGUAAGCAGUGGAAGAUGAUGACCCAGAAAGAGAAGGAUAUGUUCCAGAAACGAUGCGAACAGAAAAAGAAACAGUUUGAGAUUGACAUUCAGAGGUUUAUUGAGAGUCUCCCAGAAGAGGAGCGGGAGCGUGUGUUGAUAGAGGAGAAGCUGGGAGGCACCAAGCUGAACAUAGCGGGUGCAGGCAGCCCCCUAAGGGCCAAAUCACCAUCUGUGAAGGAACGUUGUCGUGACCCUGAGCUGGAUCAAUGGGCACAUGGGCUUUCGAAAGAGAAGCGAGACGGUAAGAAGAAAACACGGCUUCCUGAAACGCCGAAGACUCCAGAGGAGAUGUGGCAGCAGAGUGUGAUAGGAGACUAUCUGGCUAAAUACAGAAGCGACCGUAAGAAAGCUCAGAAUGCAAUGGAUGCUGCUUGGAAGGCCAUGGAAAAGAAGGAGAAGAUUUCUUGGAUCAAGAAGGCCGCAGAGGACCAGAAGCGAUACGAGGUUCAGUACCGGACCGUGAGAGAGCUGUUAGAGAUGAGGACAGCUCUGUCAGGACAGGGACAAAGAAAACCAAAAUUCGAUGGCGAGCCUAAGAAGCCUCCAGUGAGCGGGUAUCAAAUGUUCUCUCAGGAACUGCUAACUAACGGUGAGCUGAAUCACUUCAGCCUGAAGGAGCGCAUGGUGGAGAUCGGCAAGCGAUGGCACAAGCUUAGUCAGAGCCAGAAGGACAAAUAUAAAAAACAGGUUGAGGAGCAGCAACUAGAGUACAAAGCUGAGCUUGACGCUUGGGUAAAGUCGCUAACCCCUCAGGAGCGUGCGGUAUAUAAAGAGUUCUCAUCUACGAAACGGCGAAGCACUACAAAAGCACGAGGUCCCGGGGCAAAAGUCCGAGUCACCAAGGGGAAGGCGGUAGGUGCCAGAGCCGCGACGGUGGGUCCCGGGGGGGGCAAGCGUUCCAUGGCGUACCGGGCCAAGCAGGACACAUCGGACUCGGAUGAAGAUGAUGAGAAAACAGAUACGUCAGACUCGGAGGAUGAAGAUGAUGAGUCAUCUGGCAGCACAGAUAGUGAUGAUGAUGACGAAGAUGACGAGAAUGAAGAUGACGAUGAUGACGACGACGAUGAUGAUGAUGACCAAUCGGACGGUUCCAGCAGCUCAUCAUCAGAAGAUAGUAUUGACUCUGAUUCAGACUAACCUGUCCCACCCCCUCUUAGAGGGGGCUGUGCCGGACACACCCCCUAGCAACACCCCUCCCGGAAAACGGGGAGGAGGUCCAGUAGCUGUGAGCUCACAGCAUGCAGUAAUCUGGCUCCCUAUCUUUAGAGGGCAAAAAACAGGAUGGGGGCCAACAGCUCUCCCCAUUACCGUGUCCAUGUGUCAUGCGACUUGAAGUCAAUCGGACAACUGUUUUUUUUUUCUUUUAAAGGAGCUGUGUUACAUGUGUGGUAAUCGCAUCAAUUUUAUUGCCUUUAUAUAGGUGUGUUAUUAAAAUCUGUGUUGUUUUGUUUUGUUCUUUUUAUUUUAACUUGAAAAUAAUUUGUUCAUUUAAGCCGGUUGAGCUUUUAUAAGUUACGAAAGUAUCAGGGUUGCUCGGAGGUGGAUGUUAGGGAUGAAAGUCUUUGGAAAGAAGGAGAUGAAUUCUCCUGUUCUCCUGUUUAUAUUUGUUUGCCUCACUUAGUUGCUGGGGCUCUGAGGGCUAUAUGAGCUGCUCAAGUCUUGUUUGGAUCAUUCUGUUGCAGAUCCUCAAUAAUAAAUGCACUUUUUUCCUCUUGUA